CUAGUUCAAGUUGGGCACCUUCACCAGCAAAGAGCAACUCAAACUAGGGGUCCUCCGAGCGGUGAAUCCUUGUGAACCCGUCCGGCCAGCGAGAUUCUGAGGAGAGAUGAUGGAUAGUUCUGACUUCGAGAAAGAUAAAGAUCUCGCCAGAAAGUUUCUGUCCGAAUUCGCUGAUAUAGAUGGCGAGGCCAAAUACAUGAAUAUUCUAAUUGAUGUCGCCAAUAGGAAAACCAAGGCUAUUCAGAUUGAGCUUGAAGACCUAGCCAGUUACAAGGAUUUGGAUGAGAGUUUCUUUCAGAGGGUUAGAGAAAAUACACGUCGCUAUAUUGGAGUAUUUGCCAGUGCCAUUGAUGAGCUCAUGCCAAAUCCGACAGAAGAGUUUAAUGACGAGGAUGAUAUCUUGAUAACAAAGAGGAGUGAACAAGGUUCUGAAAAUAUGGAUGGGUCAGAUGCACAGCAAAAGAUGCCUCCUGAAAUUAAGCGUAUCUAUGAAGUCUACAUUACUGCAACUUCAAAAGUCCGACCACUUACAAUUAGGGAGGUUAAGGCUUCAUAUAUCGGUCAGCUUGUUAACAUUUCUGGGAUUGUGACUCGCUGCUCUGAUGUAAAGCCAUUGAUGCAGAUUGCUGUCUACACAUGUGAACAAUGUGCAUUUGAAAUUUAUCAGGAGGUUACUGCACGGCAAUUCAUGCCUUUAUUUGAAUGCCCAUCCUCUCGCUGCAAAAUAAAUAGAGUUAAAGGAAACCUUAUUCUUCAACUAAGAGCAUCAAAGUUUUUGAAAUUUCAGGAGGCCAAAAUUCAAGAGUUGGCCGAGCAUGUGCCUAAAGGUCAUAUUCCUCGAACAAUGUCUGUUCACCUUAGGGGAGAACUUACAAGAAAGGUAGUUCCUGGUGAUGUUGUUGAAUUGUCAGGGAUUUUCCUUCCCAUCCCCUUUGUUGGAUUUAGAGCAAUGCGAGCAGGCUUAAUUGCAGAUACUUAUCUGGAAGCCAUGUCUGUUACCCAUUUUAAGAAAAAAUAUGAGGAAUAUGAACUGAGAGGAGAUGAGGAAGAGCAGAUUGCUCGCUUAGCUGAGGAUGGUGAUAUUUAUAAUAAGCUCGCAAGAUCAUUGGCUCCAGAAAUUUUUGGACAUGAAGACAUUAAAAAAGCCCUUCUUCUACUUUUAGUGGGUGCUCCUCAUCGAAAGUUGAAGGAUGGGAUGAAGAUCCGAGGAGAUAUUCACAUAUGUUUGAUGGGUGACCCAGGGGUUGCAAAAAGUCAGCUUCUUAAGCACAUAAUUAAUGUUGCGCCACGAGGUGUUUAUACAACAGGAAAAGGAAGCAGUGGUGUAGGUCUGACUGCAGCCGUUCAGAAGGAUCCAGUAACAAACGAAAUGGUUUUGGAAGGAGGGGCACUGGUAUUGGCAGACAUGGGUAUAUGUGCUAUUGAUGAGUUUGACAAGAUGGAUGAGUCGGACAGAACAGCCAUACACGAGGUGAUGGAGCAGCAGACUGUUAGCAUUGCCAAAGCUGGGAUUACCACAUCUUUGAAUGCAAGGACUGCUGUCCUUGCUGCUGCUAACCCUGCCUGGGGAAGAUAUGACCUACGGCGAACACCAGCUGAAAACAUUAAUCUUCCUCCAGCCCUGUUAUCUAGAUUUGACCUCAUGUGGUUGAUCUUGGACCGUGCCGACAUGGAUAUUGACCUCGAUCUGGCUAGGCAUGUUGUCCAUGUUCAUCAAUACAAUGAAUCACCUGCCCUUGGAUUCACUCCUUUGGAACCAUCUUUGCUUCGGGCCUACGUUUCAACUGCAAGGAAAUUGUCCCCAUAUCUCCCAAGAGAACUGGAGGAAUAUAUAGCCAGUGCAUAUUCGAGCAUUAGACAAGAGGAAGCAAAAUCCAAUACCCCUCACUCUUAUACAACCGUCAGAACACUCCUCAGUAUCCUUAGGAUUUCUGCAGCACUAGCCAGACUCAGGUUUUCUGAUGCUGUUGCUCAAAGUGAUGUGGACGAGGCACUCCGCUUAAUGCAAAUGUCAAAAUUCUCAUUGUAUUCAGAUGAUCGUCAAAGAUCUGGUUUGGAUGCAAUAUCUGACAUUUAUUCAAUCUUGCGUGAUGAAGCAGCUAGGCUUAACAGGAUGGAUGUCAGCUAUCUACAGGCACUCAAUUGGAUUAAUAGGAAGGGAUAUAGUGAGGCUCAACUUAAAGAGUGUCUGGAGGAAUAUGCAGCUUUAAAUGUGUGGCAGAUUCAUCCUGAUACAUUCGAUAUUAGAUUCAUUGAUGCUUGAUAUCAAUUCACUCGUGAUGCAACCCACGCUUAAGUAUUAGAGGAUUAAAUGAUUUAUAGCAAAUUUGCUAUCUUUUGUGAGGUUCAUAGGUUGCCUUAGCUUGCUGCUACCAUUAGGAAGCUUGAGCAUGCGUAUCACAAUGCAACACUUGUUACCCAAAACUUUGUCUGGCAGUUUGUACUCCCUUUGUCCCAAAGUAGAUUGCUUGUUAUUAUUUACGAUGUUUGUCUAAAAGUUAUUUUCAAUUUGAUUUAUUUGAACAUUAUAGUGUAGCCCGUUUUCAUGGGUGCUACUGCGACGUGUCUAAUUUACUCCGUAUUUGUUGGAUUGGCUCCAAACUUCUUGAGAUUAUUGGUGAUGUGAUAAAAAAUACUAUUACAUCUC